UUCUCACGGCCAGAGACCUCACUCACUGGAAUUGCAAUAAUCCGACACUACAACCCCUCUCCCUUAUCCCAUCACCUUCCACCCCCAAACUCUCUGCUUCACCUUCACACUAAGCCGCCGCCGCCACAGGAGCCACAGCAAGCCUUGCUGCUCCUCUCCUCCAUCUUCUUCAGUUCGUCUCUAUCUCUAAAUCUCCUAACCACAAGCUUCAGCCUCCAAUAUCCAGGUGAGUCGUUUGCUUCAACAUAAAAUUUUGCUUCUUUUGCAUCCUCUUUGUCUCUGGAUUAUGCUUUCUCUUGUAGUCUAUAAGUAGUAGCUCCAAAUGGAACCGAAGCUCUUGUUUUCUUUAACCAAAGCCUCACCGUCCCCUUCUUUACCCUUUUUUCUCUCAUACAAAUCUCCUUUUCUUCUACAACCCAAACAAUCUACGAAAACCCAUUUGUCACUCUCAAAGAUACUGCCAGAAAAAUCGCUAUUCUGGGGAAAGAGUUUGGUUUUACAUGGGAGAGAUGUUCCUUUGGAUAACCUGACAAAAAACCAAGUCCCGUUUGGGCCAAUAAGUGCUGCUGUGAAGAGAAGGAAAGAGCUUCCCUUUGACAACGUAAUUCAAAAGGAUAAGAAGUUGAAGCUGGUUUUGAAGAUACGAAAAAUUUUAGUGAGCCAACCUGAUAGAGUUAUGUCUCUUAGAGAGUUAGGUAGGUACAGAAGAGACUUGGGUCUGCAGAAAAAGCGUCGUUUUAUUGCCUUGUUAAAGAAGUUCCCUGCAGUGUUUGAGAUUGUUGAAGAAGGGGUUUACUCUUUGCAAUUCAAAUUGACGCCGGAAGCAGAAAGGCUUUAUUUUGAGGAGUUGAAGGUCAGGAAUGAGAUGGAAGACUUGCUAGUCGUGAAGUUGAGGAAAUUGUUGAUGAUGUCAUUGGAUAAGCGGAUUUUAUUGGAGAAGAUUGCCCAUUUGAGGAAUGAUUUGGGGCUUCCUUUAGAGUUUCGUGAUACAAUUUGUCAUCGGUACCCUCAGUUCUUUAAAGUUGUUGCAACUGCGAGAGGUCCGGCUUUAGAAUUAACUCAUUGGGAUCCUGAGCUUGCAGUUUCAGCAGCUGAGUUAUCUGAAGAGGAAAACCGGGUUAGAGAAAUAGAAGAGAAGGAUUUAAUUAUAGAUAGGCCUCUCAAGUUCAAUAGACUAAAACUGCCAAAGGGUCUUAAUCUUUCCAAGGGUGAGAUGAGAAGGAUAUGCCUAUUCAGGGACAUACCUUAUAUAUCCCCUUACUCUGAUUUCUCGGGCCUGAGGCCAGGUACAAUUGAGAAAGAGAAACAUGCUUGUGCAGUUGUUCAUGAGAUGUUGAGUCUUACUGUGGAGAAGAGGACUCUUGUGGAUCACCUUACUCAUUUUCGAGAAGAGUUUAGGUUCUCUCAGCAGGUGAGGGGUAUGCUGAUAAGGCACCCUGAUAUGUUUUACGUGUCCUUGAAAGGAGAUAGGGAUUCAGUUUUCCUUAGGGAAGCAUAUCGUGAUUCCCAAUUGAUAGACAAGGAUCGUUUGUUGAUCAUAAAGGAGAAGCUUCGAUCUAUUAUUUCUGUUCCUCGGUUUCCUCGGAGGGGUGCUCCCAGAAGUGAGGCAGAUGGUGCAGAAGGAAAUGAUGAGGCAAAAGGUGGAACUCUUGAGGAGGGUGAGGAAUGGUCUGAUGCUGAUAACUUUAUGAGUGAUGAUGAGUUUGACAAUGAUGAAAACGAUGAUGAAGAUGAUUGGAGUGAUGAAGAUGAUGAUACACCCCCAGAUUUCGACGAAGAUGGGAAAACACUGAAUGUUGGAGUGAGCAAACCAGUCAAAGAUGAAGAUAAUUCGAGACAGAAUGAUGGAAAGGUACUUGUUCCAGUGUUGCCAGAUGGUCGGCCAAGAGAGCGCUGGUAAAUUAAUGGAUUUGUAGGGACUCCAGCCUCAAGAUAUAUCCUGAAAGGGUUGAUUAUAUGUUUUGGCCUGAAAUACCAUAUAUGUCUGAUCCUGCUCGAAGGAGAAUUCAGCAUGCUAUCUGCAAGGCUCUAGAACCUGUUAGCAACACAAGGCCUCUACCUUUUCCUCAUACUCAAUG